AGAUGGCUGCGCACAAGUCACGUUUGUCACAUGUUUCUGCGGAGAGGAACUCGCAAUGACGGGAUGACAGUGACUGCUGCUUCUCCAGUGAGAGCCUGAAGACAGUGACUUUUCUCACCAUGAGUAUCACCCCCGAGGUCAAGAGUCGGGGGAGGAAGUUUGCUGAGGAGCAGUUGCUAAAGCAUGGAUGGACUCAAGGCAAAGGCCUGGGCCGGAAGGAGAAUGGUAUCACCCAGGCCCUCAGGGUGACCCUGAAGCAGGACACUUAUGGGGUGGGACACGACCCUGCCAAGGAGUUCACAAAUCACUGGUGGAAUGAUCUGUUCAACAAGACUGCAGCCAACUUGGUGGUGGAAACUAGGCAGGAUGGAGUACAGAUAAGACGUCUGUCUGAGGAGACCACCCGUCAGGAUCACACCAAGCCCAACUUGCUGUAUCAGAAGUUUGUGAAGACGGCCACACUGACUUCAAGUGGGGAGAAGCCAGACAAGGACUGGGAAAGCUGCAGUGAUGACAGCCAGGAGUCCAAGCCUCCGAAUGUGCUGACCGAUGAGAUGCUGCUCCAGGCCUGCGAGGGACGAACAGCACACAAGGCUGCCCGUCUUGGGAUCACAAUGAAAGCUAAGCUUGCUCGCUUAGAGGCCCAGGAGCAGGCCUUCCUGGCUCGGCUCAAAGGCCAGGACCCUGGGGUCCCUCAACUGCAGUCUGAGAGCAAGACCCCCAAGAAAAAGAAAAAGAAAAGGAAGCAGAAAGAGGAGGAAGAGGCUACAGCAACUGAAAGGAGUGCAGAAGAGUACUCAGAACACACUGACGAGAGCAUCAGAAAAAGCAAGAAGAAAAGACGGCAUCAAGAAGAAAGAGUCACAGAUGAGAGAGAGGGCACAGCUACAGAAAAUGAAGAGACCACAAGAACAGGUGGGCUUGGGGAAUUGAAAAACAGAGAGCACAUCGACCGGUCCCUCAGGAAAAAGAAGAGGCAGCACCGUGAAGAGGAGAAGGUGGAGCUGGCGGUCUUAGAUAAUGAGGGAGGCAAGGUGGCUGCCAGUGGAGUUGGGACAGAGGAAGUGGAGAGCAGAGUAUACACUCACCCACGUGGCAGAAGCAAGAAGAGGCGGCAGCAUGAGCAAGAAGACUUGAACACAGAGGAUGAAGAAGUUGAAGAGGCUCUCGUAGACAGUGGGACCAGAGAAGCAGAAAGCACAUCGUGCAGUGAUCAGAAAAGGGGGAGAAGCAAGAAGAAAAGACGGCAGCAUCAGGAGGAGGAAGUCUUGGAUGGACCUGGAGUCAACACUGCCCAGAAAGCAAAGAAGAAACAGAAGAAGAGAGACUGAAGGCCAGGCCACGGCGGGGCCCGACUGACGCCCCUCCAGGAGCUGAGGCCUCGGGCCUGAGCUGACGCAGGUCUUAGGCACCCUCUCAGUGAGGAGUCCCUCCCGAGGAGGAAACAGCCGUGGAACAGCAGUCCGCUGAGAAGAGAGUGGUAGUCCCAUGUCUGAGUCGAGGGAGAGGCAAGUCCCCCUUACAGAAUCUAACCCAGAGAUGGUGAACUCAAGCACCUGCAGGGGCCAGGCAGCUAAGGGACCAGGAUGAGGGGAGCUGUGGCAGUGGGAAUGCAGACAUCUGAAGAGACAUCUUGGCUAAAGAAGCUGAAAAUGUAGAUCUAUGGGAAAUAUACUGAUUUUUUAUUUUGAAGGCUAAGGAAAACAUGCAAAUUCAGCCCAUAGAUUGCCAGUUUCUAACUAUACCAAAUUGAAUAAACAUCAGCUUGG